GUGACGUCGGCGGUCAGGGCAGGGUUCGGGCGAUCGCGGCUUCAGGCUCGCUCGGCCUCAGACAGGUUCCUCCGCAGCGCGUCCCUGCGGGGUGUCGGAGCGCGGCGGCGCCCGCGGUGUCCCUCCGCCGCCGGGCCGGGAUGCCGAAGCGCUCCUGCCCCUUCGGGGACACGGCCCCGCUGCAGCUGAAAACCCGCGUGGGGCUGCGGGAGCUGAGUCGGGGCGCCCUGGGCGAGAAGUACCGGCGGGAGCUCUUCGAGAAGACCAAGGAGCUCCUCUUCCGAGGUGCCCAGGCCUACAUGGAUAGCAUGUGGAAGGGAAACACAGCAGGGACCUGCACAGUCGCCGACUUUCCAGUGGCACUUAAAGAUGCACAGGAAACUUGUGCAAGGGACAGUUGGAACGGACAAAUGCUCAUUGGGCAAGAUGGAAAACUACUGAGGCAUUCCCAAGCAAUGGAGAAGACUCCGCCAGCGGGAGUUUCCAAAGCUUGUUCCUCCUGCAUAAGAACUGUUGACAUCAAAGAAGCUUGCACACAGUGUGAUCGUUUCGUAUGCCAGAGUUGCAGCAAACUCUGCAAGUGCUGUAAUGCUGUUGCCUGUUCCUUGUGUUCGAUUAUUGAUUACAGUGAUACUGGCGAGCAAGUUCUCUGCAAUGGCUGCUCAAUGUUUGAAGCCUGAAACUCUUAAUGAACUAUCAAUACAUCUUUAUGGCUAAGAUAUCAAGUGCCAUGAAGAACAUGUUUAUAUCUGGAUAUCUGACCCUUCUAGUGUGUGGAAUUAACAAUGGGAUUUCUAUGCAUUUUUAUGUGAUAUUAUUUUAAUACUGUAGCUAAAUAAACUUUUGUAUAUGUUUCGAAGAGA